AGCAUAUUCAACAUUUUUAACAGCACAUUCAGUUCGAAACGGACCUUCAGCGCGAAUGCAAGUCAGAACGUCAUUUGUGGCAUUGGAUCAAAGAUCAUCUUUGACAGUGGAGUCUUCUUGUCCAAAAAGAAAAAAAUGCGACAUGGAUCGAGAACGAGAAAGAGAAAACAAAUCGCUCGAACCCAGAGAUUUAUCAUCGACUGGCAGGAUUUAUGCCCGUAGUGAUAUCAAAAUUAGUGCUUCUCCGACGGUUUCGCCAACGAUCUCAAAUUCUAGUUCACCCACACCAACACCGCCGGCCAGUUCAGCAGUAACACCAUUGGGCCUACCGCCGGGCACUGUUGGCUCGGGUAUAACCAGUGGUUCGGGUAGCACUUCCGGUUCAGCAGCUAGUGCGGCAUCGUACAUGCAUGCCAAUCACAAACCGAUCACAGGAAUUCCUUGCGUUGCGGCUGCAAGUCGCUACACGGCUCCAGUGCACAUCGAUGUGGGUGGUACCAUCUACACCAGUUCACUUGAGACCUUGACCAAAUAUCCCGAUUCCAAAUUGGCCAAACUAUUCAAUGGGUCAAUACCAAUUGUUUUGGAUUCCCUGAAGCAGCACUACUUCAUUGACCGAGAUGGCGGCAUGUUCAGACACAUAUUGAAUUUCAUGCGGAAUUCAAGGCUUUUGAUAUCGGAGGACUUUCCACACUUGGAGUUGUUGUUGGAAGAGGCGCGUUACUUUGAAGUUGAACCCAUGAUUAAGCAAUUGGAAGCCAUGCGCAAGGAUCGUGUACGCAAUGGCAACUAUUUAGUGGCUCCACCUACACCGCCUGCUCGCAUUAAAAGUAGUCCACGUAUCGGCACCAACAACGAAUGCAACUACGAGGUGGUAGCUCUGCAUAUCUCCCCAGACUUGGGAGAGCGUAUUUUACUGUCUGCCGAACGAUCCCUGCUCGAUGAGGUGUUUCCCGAAGCCAGCCAAGGGACCCAGACUAGUCGCAGUGGUGUAUCCUGGAAUCAGGGUGACUGGCGGCAAAUCAUCCGUUACCCGCUCAAUGGUUAUUGUAAACUUAAUUCGGUGCAAGUCUUGACAAAGCUGCUAAAUGCUGGCUUCACCAUUGAGGCCAGCACCGGGGGCGGUGUUGAAGGCCAACAAUUUUCAGAAUAUUUACUCGUAAGACGUAUACCAAUGUGAUAGACUCGAGGAAGGAGUUCGGUGUAAAGUAAUCCAGCUUAGCAAACUCCCUCUUUAAAAUCCCAUUUAAAGAAUUACACGUAAUCUUAGAUAUUUUAGACA